CUAGCUAACCCAGCGGAGAGGAGACAGAGGCCGGGGCCCACACCGCUGCUCGCUGUCCUUUGUUUUUAUUCGUUUUAUUCACGCAGAACCACGCUGUCUGUUGUCACGUCGCUGACGCAGCUCUGCAUGUAGCCGGAGUUGUCUCAUGGUUUCACAACACGCUGACAAAAAGUAGGGUGAAGGAGUUGGUUGAUGUGCAUGGCAUCAAGACACCAGGCACCAUGAGUGCGGAGGUGGACGCACUGACGGUGGUGAACCAGCUGCGAGACCUUGCCGCAGACCCCCUGAACCGGAGGGCCAUAGUAGAGGAUCACGGAUGUCUGCCGGGCCUCAUCCUGUUUCUGGAUCACCCCAACCCACAGGUCGUCUACUCAGCGCUACUGGCUGUGCGCUACCUGGCAGAAUGUCGAGCCAACAGGGAGAAGAUGAAGGACGAGCUGGGCAUGAUGCUGAGUUUGCAGAAUGUCAUGCAGAAGAGUACCUCACCUGGAGAGACCAAACUUCUGGCCUCUGAGAUCUAUGAAAUCCUGCAGUCGGCCGGUAAAGAGGAGGCCGAACAGGCGGAAGCAGACGCUGCCUCCUGCCGACGUAAAGCUCAGUUCUUCCUCGGCUCCAACAACAAGAAAGCCAAGACUGUGGUGCUGCACAUUGAUGGACUGGACGACUCUACUCGAAGGAGCCUGUGUGAGGAUGCGUUGCUAAAGAUCCGAGGGGUCAUCAGCUUCACCUUCCAGAUGGCUGUCAAGAGAUGUGUUGUCAGGAUCCGCUCUGACCUUAAAGCCGAGGCUCUGGGUACCGCGAUCAACUCCACCAAAGUAAUGAAGGCGCAGCAGGUGGUGAAGACUGAAAAUGGAGGAGAGCGGGUGGUGCCAUUCCAGGAGGACUCCGAGGAGCAGGUGGAGGAGAACACAGACAUCCCGGACUACCUGCCCGAGGAGGAGAGUCCGUCCCAGGAGCCGGACAAGGCCGUCACCCGCGUGGGCUCCAUCACAGACGGCAUGGGCUGGCUCAGCACGGCUGCUAACUUCGUCACCCGCUCCUUUUACUGGUGACCACUUCCUGUGUUCCUGUGUCCCUCUGCACCCCCAUUUUUCUCCAAAAGUACUAUCCAGCUGCAGCCUUAGCAUCUCUCAGCCUAGUCCCAGACUAAACCCUGCCUCCCGGCUGCAGACUAGUCUAGACUCCCCUCCGCAAAGCACACGUGAGCAACAAGUGCUGGACGGCCAAGUGGAACCUGCAAUAACUUUAAGUUGUGUAUAUAUUGAGCUACAAACCUCACUACGGCUGUAUGCAUACACUAUAUACUAGCUGCAUUUGUAUCUCACAAAACAUAGCCAGGGGACUUUAAAUAAGCCCAAACCAAAUGGAAAUGUGUAUCACUGCGUUGACAGAGCUGAUGUGUGGCAGGCGUGUUUAGUUGUUCUCUGGCUGAUUUUGUGUACGUUUAAAAAUUGGGAGCUUCUUUCUUUUCUUUUGCACGGUUUUCUUUGCUGUCCUCAUACUGUUUGUUUCCCCCCCAAUUUUCCUAUUACUCUCUAUAUAUUUUUUGUUCAUAUUUUUCAUUCUUUAUUUCCUAAUUAAGCUCAUUAAUUUCUUCCCUCUCCAGAUUUUUUAGCAUGUUGAGUCUUUUGUGCCAAUUUUUGCCUGAUGCCUAGAUUUGUGAUCAUUGUGUGUGCCUUUGUUGACAUUUCACUGUAAUAAUUAUUUAUUCAUUCAUUCAAAUGAUUUGAGAGCUUAGAGCGUGUCAGAUGCAACGUUGGUGCUUCCCUAGCAGCAGCCCCCCCCGCCACUCCCCCAUCAACCUUUAGCUCACAGAGGGACGUCACUUCAGUAGAAAGGGUGAACUAGACUCCAGCAAGAGGCCGCAGCCCUUUAGCCACUGGCUCAUGUGCAUAAGACUGUUUGUUACAUCCUGAAAGAGGAGCUGAUAAGCUAGCUGGCUUGUUUAUACACCACCCGUCGGCUCCUCUGACGAUGCUUUUAGCGCAGCAAAAAUCAAACGCGAGUUCUGCAGCGGUGUACAAUGGACCGACAGCUCCUUGUGUUGCGUGUACAGAUUUUUAGGCUACCUCUGCUCUCACUGUCCCGUCUCACAUCAUCAACACCAAGGUCCCCUGUAGUUUGAGUUAGAGCCGUAGAGCCGCAUGAUGAAGACAAACCUGUUAGCUGCCUGCUCGUGCACCUGGACUCCAGCCAAUAUUUUACAGUAUUGUGCACCCGCCUGUUCAGUUAGAUUAUCAGUUUAGCCAGCAGUGUCCUUAAAGCAAAGAUCAUGUCGGCCCACACACUGACACACACACACAGAGAGGACUCACUGAUGCUGUCAUACGAGCAGUAGUAAUACUGUUACAAGGGCGUGGUUAUGUACAUUUUGUAAAUGGUGCCCGAGUCUCUCGGGUGUUAGAUGCAAAGACAUUUCUUUUUCUGUUUUUGUAAUAUCUGCAUUUUAUGUCACACUUCAGGAUACUCAGUCUUUACAGUCCUCAGACUCGCACCCGUUUUAAUUAUCAUCUCUUCUGACUCAUGUGAGCGUCAUUGACAGUCGUACUCAAUGCUGACCAGGUGAGUUUUAUUGUUUUGAUGGUGCGGAGAUGUCGCAGUUGAUUGAGGUCAAACUGAUGGGAUGGAAUUGAUGGUGCUGUUCUCUGUAAAAGCAAUAAUUUUUUUGCGCAUUAUAUGUUGUGACCGUAGUUCUGCAUCACCAUGUUUCGCUAAAAAGUAUUGGUUAAAAGUUAAGUUCAUCAUCAGUAUUAAAACGUAUUCUUUAUUUGUCCAUUUUUGCACAUACUGAAAUUCUAAAUUAAGUCAUAUGUCUUCAUGCUAAUAUUAUUGGUCUCUUCUUUGCUCACAAAGAGAAUCCUUGAACAAUUUUUUUUCUAAAAACUCCAUGUGCUGAUCAAAGUGUAAAUUUCCCUUUACUGUUUUAUUCAAUGAUUCUGUAAGACUGACAACGAACCGAGAACUAUGUCACCCGUAAUGUAACGUGUACAGACGUGAUCCUAUGUAAUAUAAUGUACUGUAAUGCAGAUCUUAAAACUGUAGAUUCCCAUACACUUAAUGCAAACAAUGAUAAACUUAAAAUCAAA